AUGGAUAUAAAAUCUUCAUUCGGUAGUGUGAUCACUUGUCUUCUUGCACUUGUGGUCAUAUUUCUUGCAAUUCAUACAGAAGCAGCAAACGAGGGUGCUUUUGAAUACUUGAAACUUAGCCUCCGAUGGCCAAUAUCUUAUUGUAACACAAGAGAGAUUAGACGAAGAGGAAUUCAUUGUAAUAGGCCAAUCUUAAGAAACUUUAAGAUACACGGCCUUUGGCCAAUGUAUACAUCGGACACUCCUGUUCCUCCUUUUCUGGAAAACAGUGGAUGCACUAACACAACGCCAAAAAUGGCAGACGAUAUUGAUAGGAACCUAUUACAUAAGAUUUGGCGUAAUAUGACUGAAAAUUGGCCAAAUGUGGUCUACUACCAUGAUAACUCAGCAAAUUUAAAUUUCUGGAAAUAUGAAUGGGAACAGCAUGGAAUGUGCUUCAACAAUCCUGACUAUCCUAUACAUUUUUUCAAGACUGCAUUACGCCUCAUAAGACAGCAUAAUCUUCUUCAAAUUCUCGAAGAUGCACAAAUCAAACCAAAUAAUACUAAAUAUCAUGGAUAUGCCAUUAAAGAUGCCAUUACUGGAGUGUUAGGAGAACGACCUACAAUUCGUUGCAAUAAAGAUAGUUAUGGAACUGUACAGUUGAACGAGAUUUGGGUGUGUCUCCACAGGAAUUUCACCCCAAGGCCGUGCGAGAAUAUUUUUUCUGCAUGCCCAAAGGCAUGGGUCAGACCCAUCAUGUUCACUGCUCCAGCUGUUUAG